AUGUUGGUUGAAAUUCAAUCAAUCAUUAAAGAAAAAAACCAAGAAUUGGUUAGUAAAGAAGAGAAAAUUCAAGCCUUGGAGUUAUUCAUCAAGGAGAAAUCUUACUUGUUUGAGAGUGAAAUAGAUUUUUCCCAAUCUGAUAGUUUGCUGAAGCACGAGAGUGAAUCAGAAAGAAAGGUUUAUGAACUUCAGAAACAGGUAUUUGGACUUAAGCGAGAAGUGGAAUUGCAACGUAAGAGAAGGCUCGAAGUGGAAACUCGAGCUGAAAUCGCAGAUAAGAAAGUUGCAGAACUUAGCUCAAAGCUUGAAAAUAUCGAUGGGAAGUGGUUCUCGUCUAAGCUUGGUCUUAACCCGAUUAAAACUCAGGCAUAUCUAAUGACUUUAUGGCAACAACAUCUUAGCCCAACACUUCAUAUCACUCUUCAAAAGGUGUCCCUGAAAAUUGACCAAGUCCAGAAAUGGUCAGAGCCUCACAUUGAAGCCUUGAACUCAAAAUGGAUUCCAAGCAUCAAAGAUGCUUGUGUAACAUUAACAAUUUAUCUCGAACCAAAAGUACAAUAUUUAACCGAUAAGUCCAUCGAGGUGUUAUAUACGUCUAAACAGGCUUUGACACCACAUCUCAUCCACGGAUUAGACGUUUCAUACUACUAUCUUGAGGUAAUCAGGAGACAUACACACCCAUACACUAGUCAAAUUAUGACCAUAGCAAAACCACACAUGGAGAGGGUACAAGUUGCCUUAGAGCCAUAUACUGUAAAUUUAAGACAUGGCUUUAAGAAGUUGGUUAACUCGACUAAACUCUACCAUCAGCAGGCUCAAGAAAUGCUGAAGAACAAUGAGGUCACGAAACCGGUUGCUACCAUGGAUUUAGCUUGGGUUGCGGCAACAGCUUUAGUUGGAUUCCCUCUCAUAUUCAUCAUCAAAUUACUUUCUGCAGUCUCCAAUCCUAAGGGGAAGAGGAGAUACAGCCAUAAAAAAGAACCAAUCACCGGGUAUCGCAGAGCUAAACGUCGUCAUCCUCAAUAA